UGAGCGCUGCCGAUGUUUCGCAUUCUUAUUUUAAGUUUUAACUUUGGCAUUGACUUUUGAUAAAGUUGUCAACCGACAGAUGGUCGUUAUUUGAAAUUUUAGCAUCGUCGAUUCAAUGUCUGAAAACUGUUAUGAGAAUUUGAAAGUGUAAUUAGAUAAUUCUAAUUAUAAAUGAAAGUGAAAUGUGAUUAGUGUUUAUAUCUUAAGAAUAUUUUGUGUUAUUUUGCGACCAAAAGUCAAGAUUUAUCGAUAAAAUGAGUACAGACAAUUCAGAUACGGGUGCAGGCAUCGCCCUCUCGUUAGUGGCCCAAUUCGACGAUAUAAAUCGCUUAAAUAGUGUUUUAAACGAUGGAGCUUCGGAAGAAUGUUUCCUGGCAUUUGUUAAGCAAAUGGAAUGGGUUCGCACCCAAUGGGCGUCAGCUGAGGCAGAGGCCGCCCGGCUCCAGACCGAACUAGAUGAGGCUUUGAGAACAUUGGCAAAGUGGGAAGCAAAGUUUGCUCAUGUGCGAAAACUCUUGGAUGGAGAGAAAAGAGAAAGAAACAUAGUCAUGAAGAAAUAUAAUGAAUUGAGCAAGCUACUCGAUAUGGCCAGAGACUUGCUGUUCAAUGACAAUAGAGCUAAGUUGAAUAAUGAAACACUGCAAAAGCUAGCUUUUCUCAAUGGGACUGCACAACAAGAUCAUAAUGCGAAAUUGAGUGGAGUCCCAGAGCUUAAUUCUACCGGUACAUUGUUAUCAGAGAUGUCAUACUCUCGCUCUGAAGAUGAUCUUGACUUAUCACUAGCAUCAACUCGACGUUCAUGGGUACAACGUGGUGGAUGGACUGCAAGAGAGAACCCCCCUGCUAAUAAGAAACGUCGUUCUUCUACAUCAUCUGCGACUAAGACGGUUGAGCUGCAAGGUGGUAAGGUGCUGGCCACCGCCACGACUACCUUGACGCUUGAGCGUGCUCCCACUACACACGACCUCAAGCCGCCGCAGAACUUCCAACCAAUAUCAGAAAGUAGCGAUGAGGGUCCCCCAGCUCGAAAAUCAGCUACUCGUCUCUCCGGUCGCAGUGUACCCAAACAAGAGUGUAUGCCUACAGCCCCACCGAUAAGUGAAUCUGAAAGUGCACCAGACACCCCCCGGGCACCGCCGCAGCGCACACCUUCAGUAGUAUCAGCUGCCUAUGGUGGUUCCCCUCGGGUGAGACCGAGGCAGCACAAUUUCGUCGCAAAGAACUUUUAUAAGCGGGAAACUUGUGGACCUUGUGGGAAAACAAUCAAGUUCGCGAAGGUCGGCGUGAAGUGCGAGCAGUGCCGUGCGCAGGCGCAUCCCGAGUGUCGCUCGCUGCUGCCGCUGCCCUGCGUGCCGCCCGGCCGAGCGCACAGCGCGCAGGAGGGCAGUAUAGCCGACUUCGCUCCGUCUACACCGCCCAUGGUGCCUGCGCUGUUGGUACACUGCAUCAACGAGGUGGAGAAGAGAGGUUUAAACGAGCGGGGCAUAUACCGCAUAAGUGCGGUGGAUAAAGAUGUUAAACGAUUAAAGGAACGCUUCCUGCGCGGUUGCGGGUCACCCCAACUGUCAACCGAAGACAUCCAUAUAGUCUGCGGAUGCAUUAAGGACUUUUUAAGAUCACUACGAGAGCCUCUUGUGUCAAGUGCCCUCUGGAGUGACUUCAUGGAUGCCGCUAAGCUAUCAGAACCUACAGAUGCAACUGCAUCAGUCGUACAGGCGGUGAGCCAACUACCUCAACCCAAUCGGGACACAUUGGCUUUCUUAGUGCUACAUUUGCAAAAGGUAGCCGAAAGUCCUGAUUGCGAAAUGGGUAUAGACAACUUGGCGAAGAUCUUUGGCCCGACGGUUGUCGGCUACGGGAUGAUGACUCAGGCUGCAGAGAUGUAUACAGCCACUACGCAAAUGGUUAACGUGAUGCAGCUGCUGCUGCGGCUGCCUGGCGACUACUGGGCGCAGUGGGCGUGCGCGCCCGCGUCGCCGCCCCCCGCGCGCCCGCGAGGCUUCUUCUUCUCGCCGCACGACACCGGUAUUUCGAGGAAGAAGAGAAACUACUUCCAGUGACAUAGGAAAUAUUUUUUAAUUAUUAAUAGCAUAAGAAAGUUUCAAUUUAGUUUGUUCAUUUAAGGAACAGUUAUGUUAACCAUUGUAUUUUAUCGUGCUCUAAUUUAUAUAUUAAAUUAUAUAUACUUUAGUACUGUUGCUUAUAUAUUUAUAAAAAAAUAAAGGAACGUUAAGAAUUUUCUUAGUAUAAAUAUAGUAACUACUUUUGAUAAAAUAAAUUUAGGACACGUUUUUUUUAAACUAUAAUAUGGCUAAGGUCUAAUGUAGCAACUUUUCUAAGUUACAUAUCUUGGUAAUAAAAAAUGAACUAAACUAUAAUUUAUAUUUAGAAUUGGAUAUCUAACGAUUUAUGUAUAUAGGUCUCAAAAGCACUUGAUACAAUAAUAUUACAAGUUUCAA